AUGGCUACGGAGCUUAAGAAGCUGGAAAAACGUGAACGUUUUCUGCGAGACUCGCUAAAUAAUUUGGAACAUCUAGUGCAAACUUAUCAAGAAGAUAGAGAUAUUUAUAUGCUUGAAGGUUGGAGAGAACGUUUAGAAGGCAUUUUUUCAGAAUUUAUGGAUGCCAGAUUGCAAUUGGAAUGCUCUGAUGAGUUUCAAGCCAGGUUGAAAGAAAGUUUUGACGCUUCCGCUUUAGAUCAAAUGCAGCAAGUAGAAGGAGAAAUUGAUCCGAUGUGCAUUGAACAUGUGAACCAGGAUUCACGUGCAGAAUUUGAGCUGAUUUACUUGAGAAUAAAGGGUUUUAUCACUAACAAAUUGCGAUCGCAUGGUACUAACCCCUCACCUGCAGUGCAAUCGAUUCCUGCUCAUACUUCCACAGCUAGAGUAAAACUGCCUGAAAUCAAAUUGCCUCUAUUCGACGGAUCGAUCAAGGAGUGGCCAUCGUUUCGUGAUACAUUUCUGUCCCUGAUCGACUCAAACCCCAUGCUUAGUCAGGUAGAUAAAUUCUCCUAUUUGGUAGCAUCUCUUUGUAAAGAUGCGAAGCGUGUGAUUGAUGUGAUAGAGAUAACAGCAGACAAUUAUUCGGUUGCAUGGGAUCUGCUCGAUAGGCGAUAUGAGAAUAAAUACCUUCUCGUUAAGUCAUACGUCGAAGCACUCUUUGCUAUUGAUGGUAUGAAAAGGGAAUGUGCGGAAUCCCUUAAUCGGUUAAUCGACGAUUUUGAGCGUAAUUUGAAAAUGCUGCAAAAGGCGGGGGAAAAUCCUGAAAACUGGAGCACGAUGCUAGUGUUCAUGAUGAGUUCGCGCCUCGAUCAAACAACCUUGCGUCUUUGGGAGACCCACCGUAAAUCGACAAAUGUUCCAACCUACACUGAACUUGUUGAAUUCCUUCGCUCACACGGACUCGUCUUGCAGUCUUUAGCUGGAUCUAGAUCCCGAUCGCAAGAUUUUUCUCGCUCCUCCCCUUCACAGCGUAUAAACUACCAAGCACCGAAGCUAACCACAAAUCAUUCAGCCAUUGUUCCUAAAAGUUCGUGUCCAUUUUGUAAAAAACCUGCACAUUCACCAUAUCAGUGUGAACACUUUCGAAAGCUAACUCCAAUACAACGAUUCGAUGAAGCGAAAUCUAAAAAGCUUUGCAUAAAUUGUCUUGGAUCGUCGUCGCAUAUCGCUAAUAAUUGCUCCGGUGGAACAUGUCGUGUAUGCCACCAAAAACACCAUACGAUGCUGCAUCGUCCGUCCGCCCCGAUGAAUACUAAUAAAUCCAUCCAAUCUGAACCAUCGUCGUCGUCCUCGUCAUCAUCCGCGGGUUCGCAGCAUGAGUCGUCAUCUGUUCCGAAUAACCAAUUGCAAAGCGUACAAUCUACCCAACAGGGUCAGCCGAUUGCUAAUCCAAAGCCAACGGUCACUGCCCCUUCGACUAGCCACUUUUCGUCGCCUACCAAUCAAAUAUGUCGCUUAGUUCCUGCCACUGUUUUGCUUUCUACUGCACUUGUUAAAGUUUAUGAUUCAACAACAAAUUUCGUUUGGGCUCGAGCGCUCUUGGAUUCCGGUUCUGAGCUGAAUUUUGUUUCGGAACGUCUGGUGCAAACGCUGCAACUAAAACGUACCAGAGAAUUCAUACCUAUUAGCGGAGUAGGGCUGUCAUCUACUACUUCAAAAUACUCUACCAUUAUUCGCGUUCAAUCCCAACGUGCUGAUUUUGAGAACAACUGGAAAUUUCACGUGCUGUCCAAGAUUACAAUGCAGUUGCCUAAUAAACCAGUUGAUAUCAACGACUUUACAUUGCCUUCCGAUGCUACGUUAGCCGAUCCUUCGUUCAACAAACCGGGACGUAUCGACCUAAUACUUGGCGUGCAAGUUUUCUAUGAGCUUUUGCGUGAUGGUCAGAUUAAAAUCGGUGCCGAUGGACCCAUUUUGCAAAACACCGCUUUGGGAUGGGUGGUAUCAGGAAAAGUGAAGGAUGAGAAACAACGAACUGCUGUCGCCAAUGUAGCUAAUGUAGUACUAGAAGCCUCAAUCGAAAAUCUACUUACGCGAUUCUGGGAAACUGAGUCGUGUCAUAUCAAGAGCACUCAAUCAUUGGAAGAAAAGGAGUGUGAGGAUCAUUUCGCUAAAACGGUUAAACGGGACUCAUCCGGUCGUUUCGUUGUCGCACUUCCCAAGAAAGAUGCAUUGGUUUCGCAGCUUGGGAAUUCCAGAGAUAUUGCUGAUCGUCGAUUCUGCUCAUUAGAACGUCGUUUAAAUUCGAACCCUCAGCUGAAGGAAGCAUAUUCUGCUUUCAUUCACGAGUACGUUAACCUGGGCCAUAUGAAACUGGUCGAUGAUGAUGCGUCUACUAACUCGCUUGUUCCAACCUAUUACCUUCCACAUCAUUGUGUUGUGAGGCCCGACAGUAUCACCACCAAACUUCGUGUUGUCUUCGACGCAUCAUGCACCACGGAUUCUGGAAUAUCCCUUAAUGAUGCGCUACUAGUGGGACCGGUUGUUCAAGACGACCUUCUCUCAAUCCUAUUGAGAUUCAGGAUACCGCAGUUUGCCAUUACUGCCGACAUCGAAAAGAUGUACAGGCAAAUAUUAGUUCAAGAGUCUGAUCAACCCCUACAAAGAAUUAGAUGGAGAGACACACCUUCGGAACCCAUUAAAAGCUAUCAGCUUACAACCGUAACAUACGGCACAUCUGCAGCUCCAUAUCUCGCAACAAAAUGCCUCCAGAAGCUUUCCGAAGAUAACACCACAACCUAUGCUCUCGCAUCGGUCGCCGUUGGUCGCGAUUUUUAUAUGGACGACUUGCUUACAGGAGCCGAUACUGUCGAAGAAGGACGACAACUCUGCAGGGAAUUGCUCGAUCUCACUAAUUCUGCCGGGUUUUCGCUUCGCAAGUGGACAUCAAACAAUCCAGAAAAUCUCACUGACGUACCGGAUCAACUGAAGGAUGAGCGCACUUUGUUGAAAAUCGAUGCUUCUACUUCCCCUAUAAAAACCCUUGGUCUUCAGUGGGAUAUUGUCGCUGACGAGUUCAGAUUCGAAGCUCCAACGCAUAGUGAUCCAUAG